CUGAUCCUGACUGCUAACACCGUUAAUAACAGUAAUACUGGCGUAUCCCCAGCCACGCAGAGAACCGUUACGUUUUCCCGAGUCAUCGUUACUCGCGCCCACUUACAACGGAUUUUGCAAAUUACAGAGCUGAGGACCUAAGCCGUGACAGUGAUUAUGUCAGAUCGUGACGUAGACCGAGGGUGGGCGUGGCUUGUGCUGGCCGCCUCCUACAUGAACUUGUUCAUCGCGCCUGGUUUGGCCUACAUUGGGGGGAUGUUUCAAAACCUUUUACUGGAGCAGUUCCACCAGAGUGUCAGCCUCACAGCCUGGGUCACAUCAGUGUUUGCGUCGCUAUUGCAGCUUGCAGGUCCGUUGGCUAGUGUGGUCGCACACCAGUGGAGUUGCCGCGUGUCCGUGAUGGUGGGGGGCGUGCUGCUGUCGGUGGGGCUGGUCGUCUCCAGCUUCAUGCCCACCCUCCCGCUGCUCUUUGUCUCCCUGGGAAUUGUGUCAGGGUUGGGUCUGGGAUUGAUCUACACGCCAUCCAUCGUCGUGGUGAACUUCUUCUUUAGAGAGAAACGGACGUUCGUCAACGGCAUCAUCCUCUCCGCCACCGGCAUCGGCAUCUUCUUGUCUCCCCUGUUGUGUCGCCACCUGCUGGACAACUUCUCCUGGCGGGAGACGAUGGUCAUCCUGGCGGCGAUCUCGGCUCAGAUGAUUCCGAUGGGCGCCAUCAUGAUCCCCGUCCACGAACAGAGCUCCCAGACGUGUGGCUGGCUAAGAAAGAAGAUCGGGUCUCGCGACGGCCACGAAACAAAGAAUGACGUGCGAAAUUUAGACAUCUCGAAACCAAUGCUAGCCAACAAUGUUAUAGAUGGAGAAGAUUCUACUGGUGACAGUGAUAAAUGUACACAGUUAUCGAUAUUUCAGAACAGUUCAUUCCUCGUUUUAUGCUGCAUGCUGUUUUUAUGGAACGCCGGCACAGCUGUUCUUCUUAUUCACUUUCCCGCCUUCUGCCAGGAACAGGGUACAGAUAAGGAGGGGAUUUCGUAUGCACUGGCGGCUAACGGUCCGGCUAUUAUUAUGUCAAGGAUUCUCAUUGGUGUGUUGGGGAACGACCAAAACGUGGAUACGCUGGCGACGUUCAUUGGUCUGCACCUGUUCAGUGGUACGCUGUUCUGCGUGGUACCAGUGUUUGCCACGACCAUGGCUACCCAGAUAAUCACGAUGGUGUUCCUGGGUUGUUAUAAUGGCGGUUCGUACUCGUUACUAGCCACGUUAACUAUAGACAUCGUAGGAUUGAAGCUUCUCACAUCAGCGUUCGGGGUGGAGAUGGUCUUUGCAGGGGUCGGCUUUCUGGUGGGGCCUCCUUUCGCAGGAUGGAUUGUAGACUACACGGGAUCAUAUAACAAAAGUAUAUUUCUAGGAGGUUUCUUUAUUAUUCUGUCCGCAUUUUCUCUCAUGUUCAUUCCGAUAAUCCGAGGUCAAGGGUCGCCGCCAGUGGGAUUCAGCAAAGUCAAGGACAUCGAGACGAAGAUAACUGUAACUCAAAUAAAGACAAACAAAGAAAAGCCCAUCAAAUAAUGAAAACGUCCAUUAUGUAAAAGGCGACUUCACACGGACGAACAUUUCCAUUCCAUCGGCUUGUAUGCAAUUGGUUGUUCUCGUACGAGAUACUAGUAUCGUGUGGCGGCAUCUUAAGAUAUGUAAGUCCGUGUUUAGCGAUAACCAGCGCUGCCAUUGUUCGCGAACUAUUUGAAUAAUCCACGAUGUGGUCGUUUGGUUUAACGUGAAGCGCAUAAACCAGUUUACACAGUCCAGGACCCCGUUCCACAAAGCUUUUUUUACUAAUUGCUA